AUGAAUAAAUCAAAACAAUAUGACAUUCUUCCUCGUGCAUUUCCUUCACCAAUCAGAGCUAUGACCCCAGAAAGAAUGAAUCAUUUGAGUUUUCAAGCAAUCAAGCCUAAUCAUAGCCAAUUAACCAUAAAAUCCAAGCCUACUAAUCUUGCGAAUUUUAGUAAAAGAAUUUAUCCUCUGAACAUGCACGUUGAUACAUUUUUAACUAAAAAUGAACUAAGGCAAUCCAAAGGCACACCCAUGGCUGAAAUUCCUGACUUUUUAAAUGAUUUUGUUGACAAUACCUCUCGUCUAAAAUAUGAUGCAAAAAGUCAGCUCUUUUCCCCUACUGCUUGCACAUUUUCAGCAAACAGGACACAAAGAAAAUAUCGAUUACGCUCGAAAACAGCUGACCCAAACGCAUCUCCGAGAAGAAAAAAAUUAAUUCAAAAAAAUGAAGGCUUUUUUACUCAUGAAAAAAUCCUUUUUGAAGAAAGCCGACUUUAUAAGCCAAAUAUAAUUUAUAUAAACCCAAAAUCAAAAAUUAUACUAUAUUCACAGAGUCCUAUUAAUAGUAUAGGAAAGAAUUUUAGAAGAGAUUCUAGCCCUUCUCAUGGGAGGUCAAUCACUCCAAAUAAUUUGACCACAGCAAAAGAAAAAUUGGAAACUGCAGACACUCACAUUAGGCCCUAUGAGUUUGAAAAAUUUCAAAUAGAGAAGCCUGCUAUGACAUUUGGAGAGAAAUUAGCAAGAAUAAAGGAUAUGGUAAUCGAUCCGGUUGUAAAUCAGUUUGAGUAA